AUGAAAGAGUAUACCUUAAAAGAAUGGGAUACUUCCAAGUUUGGAUCCAAAUGGCAACAAAUCUACCAUCGUAAAAUGGUUCAACCAGCCAAGAAAUACCACUCUUUGAUGACCCUGUUGGGCUUCCUUCUUGCUCUUCUAACCCAUUGCAUCAUGUACUUGUCAUUCUACCAAAUGACAGCCUUUCUGGCCCUUUUUAGAUGCUUUAUGUCUCUCACUAUAACCUGUAUCAUCUUCUCGGCAUCCAUCAAGUAUCAGGAAAAGAUUUACCACAACUUCAACUAUUUUAGUAGCAUCUUCCUCGAGGAAUACAUAACCUUCACUGAACAGCUGAUGGAGGAGUACAAUAUCGACUCCAGUGCUCUUUUGAACUUGGAAUACAUUUCGGAUCGUAACAGCACAGCUGACAUUUCGCUGGGAUCGAUCAUUCAGCUGUGGCAAUCGCCUAGUGUCUACGAUAGCUACCUUCUGUGUGAAGCACUCGAUCACGAGGAUUCUUUUUCGGACAUCUGGAUAGACUCAUUAUUCUUGAGGUCACUCAACACAGGCUGUCUGUUCAACAUUAGCCUGGAUAUGGCCUAUUUUGUCACAUCUUCCGCCUGCCUUCUGGUACAUCUGGCACUUCUCAAUUUUCCUGCUGUGAAAUUUGUACCAUCCAUGGAGAUAUUCUACCUCGAUAUCGCAAGCAGUACGCUAGUCUUACUUCUAUGCAACUACUUGAACUGGGAGGUGUGGAAUACUCUAGGCGAUAAAAAGCGCCAGUAUUGUGAUCUGGUAUGA